GUGUCUCCUUUGGUUGGUACUGUCCAACAUCGAUUGCGAAAACUUGCCACUCAUUCUGCAAGAAUGUGAAUUGUCAAGGACAAUAGUCUAUGGUGCUUUUUCGGCUAAUUGUUUUCUGUUGAAUAUUCGGAUAAAAUUUCAAAACAAUAACCUAGUCAAAAUUUUCAGUUCAUAUACAAAAUUUGCCAAAAAUUCUUAAUAAUUUAUCGUAGUUAAAAAGGGGAAAGUAUCGAUGUGUGGAUCUUUAUUUGGUCUCAUUACCAAGGCGUACUUGCCACAAUCACAAACUAAAAAUUGGAGAAAUCUGCAAGCCGGAAUAAAUAUGCCAACAAUAUCUGUGAGUUAUGCUGCUCCUCAAUCUCACUUCACAUGAAAUUCAAUCUUUUCACUUUUACGCAUAUUUUUAGAAUUCGCCUCGCCUCAAGGUGAUCUCAUGGUUAAGAAAUGCGCUCAAUAAAUAUAGAAUGCAAAAGAACUUGCAACAUCCAACUUUCCCCAAAUUCGAUCAUAAAGAUACAAGGGCAUUUUUCGUCCAAAUUAAGAGUUGUGUAUCUUUCAGCUUCAAUGACACAUUACUCGCUCUAAAGUUUGCCCACACUAGGAAUUUUGUGCGGCAAAUGUAAUUUUUACAAGAAUCAUCCUCAAGGGCGGGGAAAAGGAAAACACUCCAUAUUAUGAUGAUUUAAUACAACCUCUAAAAAUGUCGGAAAGAUUAUCAUUCUUCGUUUUGUGGCUCUUGGCGCUUGUCUAUCAGCCCCAAAAUGCGGAACUUCAGGUGAUGAAGGAAAAUGGAACCUGUCGAAAUCCACGCUUAAACGACACUUUUUUGCCUUUGAGUGUGCAUCCAGCGGAGCAAACAUGCCCUUGGAUUAAAUUGAGCAAUCCUGAGAAGAAGAUCAAUUUACAUGUACCUAAUAACGAAAAAUGCGGGGAAAAGGGGCUUCAACAUCCUAAUUGGCAUAAUUCUAAAAAUGAUAUCGGUGAUAACUUUGGCAGUUCAAGCCAGACCAUGAUCAACACUGAAUUGAAAACGAGUAGCGACGUGAGAAAUUUAAGCGCAAAGUCCUCUAAAAGCACUAGUAUUUUGGACAAAUCUUCAAAACAAGAAAUUGAGGGCGCAGAUCCAGUUUUGAAAACUAUAAGAAAUCCACGAGUAAUCAGCAAGUGGGAAGGAGCCGAUGAAUGGUGCUCAAACGCAGGCCAAAGUAAACCUGAAAAUAAAACAUGCGUAGGUUUCGAUGCAUCUCGGGAAAAGUCGCCAUCGCCUCCUCUCCAAAAAUUAAAACAGGGUUUCCAAAAGUGUGCUUUUGAACCGAUCAAAAACGAAACCAUCGAAUCAUACACUGCAAAUUCGCGUCUAAAGACACAAUUUAAAAAAGAUCCCUCGAAAAUUGUGAGAAAAAAUGACGGUGGGCAGCUCGGUGAAAAUUCGAAGGGGAUGUUAAUUUAUUUGAGGGGUGAAGACAACGAGGAGGUUGGAAAAAUCGAUAUGUAUGAGGAAUCUUCGGUAAAUAAGGAGGACGAAUUGGAUGAACUUGCGCUGAAAGUCAGGAGAGGGGGAGAGGCAAAUGUAACCUCGGAGCCUGAGGAAUACGAUGACGAGGAUGAAAAAGAUGAGCCGUGGCGACAGGAGCUGCAUCGGCUACCGUCGCAUGAAAGCAUCACCGGAGGAGAACCGAUCAGCAUCACGAAAAUGCCCUUUUUAGCCCUACUCAAGAUGGACAUCGGCUCUGGCACUUCCUACUGCACCUCCUCUAUCCUCACAGAAAAGUGGGUCCUCACUGCAGCUCAUUGCGUUGCUAGGAUCAGGAGACCUUCCGACGUUGAGGUCAUAGCGGGACAGUCAGGUUUUUCAAGUCCGCAAUUCGGCGAUAAAGCCCAAAAGAAAAAAGGAGUUCAAGUUCACAUCCAUCCAAGCUUCAAGCACUCAGAAAGUCCUGGCAAUGGGGAUAUAGCAUUAAUUAAGGUAUCGGUGCCUUUCAUAUUCGAUAAAAUACACGUUUCGAAAAUUAAACUCCGGGGCCGCCCAUGGUUCAAGGACGUCCGAAAUGAAAACUGUACCUCAGCAGGAUGGGGGCGACAAAAAUUCUACGCUGCAAAUACUGGCCCUCUGCAGAGCUUCAAAUCGGUGGCUCUUCAUGGUGAAAGUGCGUGCCCUUGCGUCCCAUCGGAUCAAAAACAAACUAUUGUAUGUCUAGAGAGAAGCCAAGGGAAGGGAAUUUGCAAAGGAGACUCUGGGGGACCUUUGAUCUGCAACGGGGAGUUGGUAGGAGUGGCUCACGUCUUGUACCCGACACCGUUUCUUUGCUGGCAAAUUUUCUCAGGAGAACCAGAAUGUGGAGACAGCAACUGGAUCGACAUAUAUAUGUACACUUGCCCCUACCUGGAUUGGAUUAGAAACUACGUUGGCGACAAAAUACCAUCAAAACCGAAAUCAUGCUCCGCUAUCCGACCAACGACUCAAACUCUUUUCAUCGCAGUUAGCGUUGUCGCUUUGUCUAGGAUCAUGCACCUCUACUUCACUAGACUUUAGCAUAUCCGGUUUGUUGGGUGCUAUAUUAAAAUUUAUGGAUGCGUUUUGGAUUUAGGAAGUAAGCGCUUAAGAGGGCUUAAAUCGUCAUUUCUUUUAAGGAAGAACGUAAUUUCCUUUCAAUGUUGUCAGAUUUUUCCGCGCAAAUUGAAUUCUCACCAGGAGAAUUUCGAGAAUUAUUUCUGACUAAAAUUUUUUCUCAGUUUUCCUCUGAUUUCAUGUAAUAAUCAGACAAAUUAUCGACGAAAGUUAUGCAAAUUCGUUUCCGAAAAAAAUUGAAUCAGGUGAGUGAUUUUGAUAACUCUGGAAUGGAGUUACGUUUCUUCGUACGGGAAACUACGAAAUGGACUGCAUUUUGCAAUUUGGAACUAUAAAUUCUGGCUCUUCUAGAAAAACACUUAUGUGCAUAGGGAAACUAAUGGCACAUAUGCUGUCUUUAAACCGGGCUAGAAUUUUUAGUUCCAAAUUGCAAAAUGCAGUCCAAAUGUCGAUCAGAAACUAACUUGUAAUUCAAAGGAAAUGUAUAUCUGUCACGGGCAAAUCCUACCUCUUACGAAAACUACCCGGAAAAAUCAGGCAGACCGUGAUUCACCCGGGAAAAUUACGCUCUACAUCAGUGUUAAGAUCUGUCUGUAAUACGUAGAAUGACGUAGGUACACUACGUCAUCUAAAAAUCGCAGAUCAUUCUUGUAACUUUAGAAUAAAUCAAAGGGAAGAUAAUAAAAUUGACGUUUUACUUUGGAAAGGAACCGUGCACAAAUGAAUUAAAAAAAA